UGGAGGAGUGACACGCACUUUCAAUCCCUUCAGCAAAAACGGGGAAAGAAAGAGAAGGAAUUAAUUUCCCUUCCCUCUCAACUCUGUUAACAAUAUACAAAAGCAAAUAUAUUUUUGUUGAUGUUCUAAAUUAGCGGAAGCUUAUUAUUCAGAAAUGAUUAUCUCCUCCGGCCCCCUUCACCACCGCACCCUAUCUUGCAGCAGAACUUCGAUUUGCGGCGACAACUUCCGGCGAGAUUAUGAGCUCUUUCCAAUACCCAGAAAUCUUUCUUCCUCCAAUUCCGCCGCGUACAAGUCCUUACAUUUGCCUGUUUCUCAGAAGCCCUUGUUUUCUCGGACAGCUGUCGGCUCGAAUGUGAGUGAAGAUACAGAUGAUAUGUACGACGACUUGUUCAAAAAGUACGGGAAAGUGGUGUUUACAAGAAACGAUCAAAAGUCUGCUCUCACAGAGGUUGACGAUGAUGCUGAAUGCUUGUCCUUUGCUGUGGCAUUGGCUAAGGUUGCAAGUGAUGUCAAAGCAUCAGAUAUACGGCUUCUCUUCGUAAAGCCUCUUGUUUAUUGGACUCGUUUUUUCAUCAUUGUUACUGCUUUUUCUCGCCCUCAAGUUGAUGCCAUUGGGUCAAGAAUAAGAGACUUAGCUGAAACGCAAUAUGGAAGAACAGCAACUGGGGAUUAUAAGCCCAACUCGUGGACACUGUUGGACUUUGGUGAUGUAGUUGUGCAUAUCUUUCUUCCUCCACAAAGAGCUUACUACAACUUGGAAGAGUUCUACGCUAAUGCAACGCUUAUCGACUUACCUUUUGAGGAUCAAAAAUCAUUUCGCGGUUGAUGUAUUUACCUCUGUUGUGAUAGACGUGCUUUUGAAAUUCAAGUGGCAACUCGUGUCGGUUUUGGAGCAAAAUGCUGCGCAUAUUUGUUGUAUUGUAGUUUCUUGAUUGAGAAUAAUAGAUAUUUGUGAUAUCAGUGUGUUAUUCCAACCACAUUUUAUGCCUAUUAAAGUUAGUUUCACAGCUUA